AUGAGGUGGCUCCUAGGCAGCAGCUGGAGAAAAUUUGGACACGCUGACAGAGGAAACUACGACUGGCUGAACAGUGAAUCAGAUGGGGCACUUCUGGAAACAGAGCUUCAGAGCAGACAACAGACAAGUUCAACCAAAGAUGACAUAGAACCAUUUCUGUUCAUCAUACUGCCUGCCACCAUGAUGCUCUUCCUGGCAUUCCUGCUGCUCUUCCUGUACCGCCGUUGCCAGCACCCCAGUCCUCAGGGGCAGAUCUUCAGCAUUGACCUCCCUGAGGCUCUGCCUGAGCACGAUAUGUCCAAUUUCCUUUCCGUGUUGCCCUGGAACAGCGAACAGAGUUUCCAGUACUCCACUCUGCUACCUGAUGCCACGUUGCUCAGUGUGUGUUUGCCUCCAUCCUAUGAGGAGGCCACCAUGAAGACUUCCACAGAUGAGGCUCACAUUGAGCUCUCUCCAGAUCCAGUGCCUCCUUAUGAAGAGAGCACGCUGCAGCCCAGCAGCACCAAAUAA